UCAAAUAAACAUAUCCUCAUUCACUAAAUCGAUUAGAAGUAUUAUUGAAAGAUUUAAAGAAAAAUAUUUCUUGAAACUUUAAUGAAUAAAUUCGGAAAGUUAUUUUGCCCUCGCAACAGUGUCUCUGCGCUUAGAUUAUUCCUGUGUAACUCUAUAAUGUUAUUCAAAUGAUGAUAUAGAUUCUGCGCUAUUGUCGUAGUUGAUGAUUUAAAAAUUAAAUUAAAACAUUGCUAUCGAUUUCUAAUAUCGUUAAGUUAGAAGGUCGAGGAUGAAGAAAGACUUAACCUGAGGGCACUUGGUCAUAUUAGGGUCAUUUAUACAUUAGAUACGGUUUUAAAGAUAAAAGACGUUUCACAAUUUACCAUGUGUUUUAUAUAAGGUUUACGUUUCUAGAAUUUACAAUUUAAACUUUAUUUUUUCCUUAUUAAAAAAAUUAAUGUAAAAAAGAUGAAUAAAUUUUAAAAAAAAGUUUGAAAUUCUUAAGUUUAGAUCCUCCCGCUUAAUAGAAUUAAAACUGACAAAGAACAUCCUCUUAAAUUUUACAUUAUCCAAUUGAAGCGAUUGUUGUUUGAUAAAAGUAAAUAAAAAUUCCACUUCCGAAAAAUGAUCCGUUCCUCCCGAGAUUUUAGAAACUGAAAAAUUGAUAAAUUAAAUAUCCAGUUUAAGGAUCAAGUUUGAAUGACGCAAGCCUGACUAAUGACGUCAAUUAAGUUGUUUAAUCAUCAUUAACAAUACUUACAAAUUUGCUACUAGAGGAAAACAUCCAUCAAAUAUUUAAUUCGUGUGACAGGUCGUGAACUUUUAAUACAAACAAUACGAGUUCCUGACAAUAUUCGGAGAUGGUAAAGAAAAAAAAUGGCGGAAGAUUUAGAUUGCAAAUUGUCUUUCUUUUUAAUUAUACAAUGCUCCUGUUUUUUAAAUUAACAGAUUUUUUUUUUAAAUAUUGAUUGUUUAGAUUGAGGAGUCGACCUUUUUCUACUUCUGAUGGCCUUGAUUGAUACUUGGUUACGAUAAAAGAUUGAAAGUUCGUCAACAGUAGACAGAAUAUUUUUAAGAUUAGCAUAUGACUGGUGUAUAAAUUACGAAAUUCACGCAUGCUAAACCACUUUAAUCCGGUUUAUUAUUUGUAAAUUGCAUAGAUCUGUAGUAAUAUGUUGGUCAGAAAAUCGAACAGGAAGGCUCUCCGAGUAUCUCGGCCUAUCUGCUGACAACUUGUAGUAGAUGAUUGAUAAAUGGUGAGUGCUACUUUGCUCAUGUCUAAAGAAGAUACAAAAGAAAACCAAGACGAUGAAUCGUGGGAUAUUCCCGAACCACCGGAUGGUGGAUGGGGAUGGGUCAUUGUGGCUGUCUCGUUUUUGUGUAACAUGGUGGUGGAUGGUAUCAGUUACUCGUUUGGCAUAUUUUUUAUGGAAUUUGUUCAAUAUUACCGCGCUCCAAAGGGCCGUACGGCUUGGAUUGGCUCUCUACUUAGUGGAUGUUACUUGAGUGCGGGUCCGGUUGUAAGCGCUUUAACUAACAGAUUUGGCUGCAGAUCAGUGACCAUUGCGGGUAGUAUUGUGGCAAGCAUCGCUUUUAUAUUGAGUACCUUUGCACCAUCUGUCGAUGUCUUAAUGUUGACUUAUGGAAUCAUGGGAGGGAUUGGAUUUGGUUUGAUAUAUCUUCCGGCCAUCGUAAGCGUCAGUUACUACUUUUCUACUAAGAGGGCAUUUGCCACAGGUAUAGCAGUAUGUGGUUCUGGAAUGGGUGCCUUUGUCUUUGCACCUAUCUGUCAAGCCCUGUUAUCCAUUUACGACUGGAAAGGCUCUCUCUUGAUAUUGUCUGGAUUGACGCUAAAUUGCAUGGUAUUCGGAGCAUUAAUGCGCCCAUUGGAAUCUGCUGACGAUCAGAAGACAAUAAGCACUACUACAGAAAAGAGAGAGAGCAAGUUUGAUCUCAUUCAACACGAUGAUGGAACACUAGAGACAAAAGAAUUUAAUACAGAACCCGGAGUUCAAUCGAGACAAGAUCUGGACCAGAUGAAUAAAACUACGAGAAUGCCCUUUAUAACGCUUUCUAGUAUCGGAGAAACUUUAAAACCCGGUUGUGAAGGGAAAAACGGAACAAGAAAAUUAAGUCUUUUACAAUUGAAAUCGAACCUAGUUAUAGUUCAUCCCGAUAUGAACCACAAACCAAUUUCGCCUUCGACCGUACGCGAAAUUUCUCGACGGAAUUUGCAGCUUCCGAUGGAAUCAACUUCCAGCAUAAGUAAUAUUCCUCUGUCUAAUCGAAACAAUUCGGUUAUAGGAGAUUAUCAAUCGAGAAGAAUAUCGCGAAGAAGAGUUUCUAUAGAUGUACAUAAACAUACGUACAGACGAGAAUAUUAUCGUCCCAUAUACAGAAAAGAUAUAUUUUAUAGCGGAAGUAUCACCAGUUUGGCUCAAUAUAAUCAGUCGCAGAAAGAUAUAAGAACUUACGUAGCCAGUGUCACAUCGUUACCGAAGACAGAUGGAGAGGAAGAAGAAAGUUCUUGCGUUUCUCCAGCCAUAACGGUUGCCUUAAAGGAAAUGCUUAAUUUUUCCCUCUUGAAAGAUUGUUCUUUCAUGCUUUUAUGCAUUUCCAAUAUAUUCGGCAUGAUGGGUUUCUACAUUCCAUUCGUGUAUAUAACAGACAGUAGUACUUUGAAAGGAAUACCUAGAUCCGAUGCCGCAUUUAUUCUUUCCAUUAUCGGCAUCACAAACACACUAGGGAGGAUGGUUUUUGGGUGGUUUGCUGAUCGUCCACGAGUAUCCUCCUUGUGGGUAAACAACGUUUGUCUUCUUCUAAGUGGAAUAUGCGUUUUAUGCAUACCAUUCACCUUAACUUACACGACUGUACUCAUAGUCUGCACUCUUUUUGCAGUAUUUAUAUCGGCUUACAUGUGCCUGACCUCGAUUAUUUUAGUAGAUUUAGUAGGAUUGGAUCGUUUGACAAACGCUUUUGGGCUGCUGAGUUUAUUCAGAGGAACAGCAUCCAUUAUAGGAUCACCUGUUGCAGGUUCUAUAUAUGACAUAACCGGAAGUUAUACUUUUCCAUUUUUCGCUGCUGGCGGAAUGCUUAUUAUGGCGGCAAUUUUAUCAUCCAUCAUACCUUUCGUUAAAAAGUGUUCGAACUCUAACGAAUUAAAUCAACCCCCUAUAUCAUUAGAAGAAGCAGAAAAUGAGGAGAGUGCACAACAAAUGAUAUAAAUAUUCUGUUGUAGGAAUAUAGAUAUUGUAUAUAUAAUAUAAUAUAAUAUAAUCUACAGGAGGUGGAUCCAGAGUAGGAGAAAGAAAUCUCUUUUUUGCGAUUUGAACAACGAAUAUCAAAAAUGGAGAAGCGAAAAAAUCAGAUUUUAAAGCUGUUUUUAUUUCUAAAAUAUUUAGGAUGAAGUAGAAUAUUUAAAAAUUUAUUUUAUUUUUACCCUAAAUAUUUUAAAAGCGUACUGUAUUUUAUACAGAAAUCUGCCUCUAUACAUUUUAUGUGUACAUAGAUUAUAUUAAAUGAUAUAAUAUACAAUAAAAUGUAAUCUAUAUAUUGUAUAUAUAAAUAGAAUCUAUAUAAUUCGAAUAUUUUAUAUUAUAAAUUGAAGAAAUGCUUUUUUUAUUUUAUACAUCAAGUGUUUCUUUGUAUAAGUUUUCUUAUACGAAUUUCUGUACAAUAAUUUUUAUUAUUUUGUAAUUAAAAAUAAAUAUUAUUGUAUCGAAUUGUUGUCGAUUAAUUUCGAUUGCGGGAUGAGGUAAAUUCAAGGUUUUUAUAAUUAAAAUACAAAGGUUUAAAUGAAUUAUUACGGAAGUGAUAUUAUUUAUAAUGGUUUAUAGUUAUUGAAAAAAAUGGUUUUCCUUGUAUCUAAUCUAGAAUGUGAUGUAAGGCCUGGAUAUCCUUGAAACUUGUAGAAACGAGAAGAUUUUAAUAGCUCAAUUAGAAUUAAAAGAACCAGAUUUUAUUCGCUGAAUAAAUUAAGAUGAAUAAAAAUAAUAAAAUUUUAAUAAGAUUCUCGUUCUUAAGAACAUACAGGGCGAUGAAAUUACAUCAAAUAUUAUAUAAAUAAUUUUAAAAGUUUAAUUAAAUAAAAAUUUGUUUAUUUUUCGUAUACAAGCGAUAAUUGAUAUACUAUGGAGUAUUGUACUUAUACAUAAUAUUACUCAAUGUUAUUCAUUUCAUUAUUUUAUCACCUGCUGCUAAUUAAAAGUAAAUUAAGAUUUUAUUUAUUUUUAAUAAAAUAUUUCAAAUCUAUUUCUACUGAACAAUAAGAAUUUGAGUAUAUAUUACCUUUACAAAGAAAAAUAAUAUUAAAAAUUUGGAAUUAUUAUUCAUAUUAAGGUCACAAUUAUUUAACUGAGACUAUAAACAAGAUCGAUAGAUCGAAAAGAAGAUAAAUAUAAGUAAUCCUUAACUCAAUAUUUAUUAUAGUGUGACUGUAAUCUCCGAAAUUAAUUAUAUUAGUCAUAAUAAAUUAAAUUAAUGCCGCAUUACAUAAUUUACUAGAAGUUAGUCAUAUUAAUUAUAUAGGGAGAAAUUUCAUAUUUAUAUCUAACCACUUCCAGAGUAAUUCAUUUUAACCUUAUUUUAAUUCCAUUAUAGGUCAAAUAGUUACGAUAUAUUAUUCCAUUAUCUCAUGAUUAUAUAGUUCUAGUGGAGAAUAUUUCAACAAUAAAUUCUGUUACGUUUGUAUGUUUUUGUCUUAAAUAAAUAAAUAAAUAUAUAUGUUAUAAAAAUAUACAAUUAAAAAAA